AUGGGCGGUAUCCAGCAACUUACUGACGCGCAUCGCUACAGCCUGGCGGGUCAAUGGGACAUCUCGAGGCGUGAGCUCGUGGUUGCUUCUCAGCAAGCUUCAUCCAACCUCCAUUCACUCAUCACUAGACCUCCUCCCCACUCCAACCACUCACCACCGGAAACAGAGAUAGUGACAUCAUGUAGGGAGGUUCUGUUGGGUAUCACUGGCAAGGACUUUACCAUCAUCGCCGCUUCCAAGGCGGCGAUGCGUGGCGCAACGAUCCUCAAAGCGGACGACGACAAGACAAGAGCGCUGAACAAACACACCCUCAUGGCAUUCUCAGGAGAGGCUGGAGAUACAGUGCAAUUUGCCGAGUACAUCCAAAGGAAUGCCCAGCUUUAUUCGAUGCGAAACGAGACCGACUUGUCUCCCUCAGGGCUCGCACACUUUGUACGCGGAGAGCUAGCUACGAGCUUGCGAUCGCGGCAUCCUUACAACGUCAACCUGCUGAUGGGAGGAGUCAAUCCAAUUACCGGAAAACCUCACUUAUAUUGGUUGGAUUAUUUGGCGUCCCUAGCCGAGGUCCCCUAUGCCGCCCAUGGUUACGCACAAUACUACUGCCUGUCUAUCUUGGACAAGCAUCACCACCCUGAAAUUACUCUCGGACAGGGUAUCAAGCUUCUGACCAUGUGCAAGGAUGAGUUGAAGCGACGGUUACCGAUUGACUUCAAGGGCAUGGUGGUCAAGGCAAUCAAGGUCGACGGAAUUGUAGACAUAGAACUGGAUGACGACAAGAUUGUGAAGAGUGCCUAG